CAUAUAAAACUGUCUUUUUUUCUUUUAAAAAAGUUGCUGGAAUGUGUGGAUACCUGGCUGGAAAGAUAUCCUACUUGCCAAUCUGUAGUGAGAAAUUUAAGAAACUGAAGGAUUCCCCAAUAGGAGAUGUUCUACGACAAGCUCAGAGACAUAGUUCACAUAACCGUUCCAGUCGGAAAUCUGAAUUUUCGGACAUGCCUUCUCAGUCAUUUACUGAAUCUUCUUCUCCAAGAGCUGGAUUCCCACUUUCUUCCAGCUAUUCAGAUGAUUAUAGUUCAACAGAUAGAGCCCUCUCCAGUUAUGAACCUGUUCCAUUCAGUGCUUCCCUGAAUGAAUCCUCACCUACAGGAAUUACUGAUUACACUGUUGAAGAUCCUGCUCCAAUUCCAGAAGAAAGUCGUAAAAAAAAAGGCAUCACAUAUGAGGAAUUAAGGAAUAAACACAGAGAGACGUAUGAGGUAAUGCUACCACCAAAGCCAGAAACUCCAAGCAAGUUUUCACAGGAAAAACCAGUUAAGGAAGUUAAAGUAAAUAAAUAUGGAGAUACCUGGGAUGAGUAAGAGCCAAAUGAAGAACUGAAGAAAAUUCUCUCCCGUCAGCUAACUUGAAAUUCAUCUAGAUUUGUCAGGAGUAUCGGCACCUUUGGUGUGUUCUGCCAAGCACAGCUAUUAAUAAGUGAGGAGCAAAUCCCAACUUGCCAGAAGAUUUUAAAAAAGAAAGUAUUUAGGCUUAAUUUUUUUUGAUUUUGCAUAAAUGGCAAGCAAGGCUAUUGUGAGGUGUCAUGACUAUAAACCAUUUGUGCUAUUGUUUAAGAAUGAAAAGGGUAACUGGCAAUAAAUAAUACAAACAUAUAGCAAAAGGUAAAAAUGUAUGUAAAUAAAUGCAAUCACAUGUAUUGGGAAGGGAAAAACAUCAGAAUCUUCUCAAAUUUUCAAGACUUGCAUUAAAAGUUACCUGUAGAACUCA